AUGAGAUUUAAUAAGCAGGAGGUGGUCUUCAAUGAAGUGAACAUUCAAAUGAUUGACAGACGCCUUCAACGGCAGCUGUUUGCAAAACCCAUUUGUUCAUACAAGAUAUCUAGAGAAGCCUGUGAGAGACUUAGAAGUCAUGGAAUUAAUGCGUUUGACCGUUGUGAAGGGGAAACACCCUAUUAUAUUGACUUGCCUCGUUUGUCGGGCUCAAACAUCAAGCAGCAUUUUGAGUCGAUUGCAUCUCGUUUAUCCAAGCCGUACUUACAACUUAUUGAAAGGCUACCAUCGUUGCCUGAAAUCCCAAAGAAUUGGAAAUUAUUAUCGGGUUGGACGGCUUAUGGGAAGGACUCGCAUUUUAGGAUUGAUUGCCCCUCAGAUGAAAUCUUAGUCUUCGACACUGAGGUUUUGGUGAAUGAAAGUCACGCUCCUAUCAUUGCUGUUGCGGCAUCUUCAGAUUUCUGGUAUCUUUGGGUCUCCUCUAGACUUCUUUCGUCCACGAGAUCGACAAAAUCUGUCGCAAUGGAUGAUCUUAUCCGAUUUUAUCCAGACGGUAGUCCGUUAUCCUCCCCAAAAUGUAUCAUUGGACACUUUGUCAGUUAUGACCGUGCAAGAAUUUUCGAGGAAUACCUAAUUGAAUCCUUGGAUUGGAUCAAAGGUGCAAGUCUAAACAGCCUUCUUGAUGUUUUUAAAUUUUACUGUCAAAAGGAACCCUAUCAAAAUAAGGCGUUGCGCGCAUUGUUCGAGAAGGGCUCCAAGGGAGAUGUAAUUGAUAAUUUUCAGGCUCUUGCCACCUACUGCGCAAACGAUGUUAAAAUGACAUUUGAAACUUUUAAAAAUCUCUGGAAACUUUAUCAAGAAAGGUUUCCUCAUCCGGCAACUUUUUAUGGAUUGCUUGAAAUGGGCAGCAUGUAUCUGCCCAUUAAUUCGUCCUGGAUCGAUUUUCAGGAACGUGCUAACCAAUCUUAUGAUGAUCUGAAUGAAAAACAAAAAAGGCUUCUUCGGCGACUAGCUGAAGAUGCUUUGCAAAAACACAAUGGGAAUGACAAAAGCUAUGAGAAGGAUCCCUGGCUCUGGGAUUUAGAUUGGUCGAAACCAAAAAAACCAGCAAAUAAAACAGAAGGUGCUAGAUUUCUUGCAUCUUUACCCAAGUGGUACCGUGAACUCAUUCCAAAACCCAUGAAGGAUAACUACAAGAGUGGGCCUGCGUUGAUAACUGCGCAAAUGAAGAUUGCACCAAAGUUACUUCGCCUUUGUUGGAAAGGCCUUCCUCUUCACUAUGACCAAACGUUGAAGUGGGGUACACUUAUUCCCGGUAGAGUACCGAAGCCGGUUGGCGAUCCUCGGUAUUAUGAUCAAAGUCAGUCUGACGAGUCUCCAGCACACCAAAUUCUACCUAUCUUUAAGGUUACCAAAACGUCUGCAGCUGGUGUCGAUGAGCUCAUGUUUCCCUACAGAGAAUAUCUUCACUAUUGGCGGAAAGAAAUUGAGGAGCGUUUAUGUAAUGUGAGUUCCCGCACCGCAUUUGAGGCUCGUACGAAUCCCGAUCCCCGUGACAAUCUGCUUCUGGAUGAACUGCGUCGCAGUGUGGAAGUGAUGCCGCUUGACUUAAACAUUGUAAAGCGCCUCGUUUCUUCUCUCAAAUCGAUAUCUGCUAAUAGCCGUGAGGAACCGAUUGAGCCAAACAAAUCUCUGCCACCAAUAUACGAAAACCUGGGAGAACUUCAGGCAAGGGGCGUACUAUUUUGGGAAAAUCGGGAUCGCUACGAGGCAGACCACUUGGUUAGAUGGACAUCAGCUAGUCGCCGAAAGAAACUUCGUCGCUGGGCCACAGAUACAAUCAAUCCGGAGAUCCCCACUUGCUGGUUCUGUCCCCUUCCCAACGAGGCUGGCACAGGACAUCCGGUUGGGUCGCCUCUCUCGAAGCCCUUUCAGGUGCACAUAGCCUCGGGACGUCUGUACAGUUCUCCUCCGGAUGGCAAAGGCGAAGAUCAUUCCGCCGACCAGAUUCUCCGUGAUCACAUUCGCGCCUCCUUCUGGCAGAGCUACUCCAAGCGUGUCAUAGUUCUUAAGAGGGGAAUGGGGUCAUGCGGACGCAGGUAUGGUGCAAUACUGCCACAAGUAAUUGCAGCGGGAACCAUAUCACGGCGAGCGGUGGAACCCCUCUGGCUCACCGCCAGCAACGCCGAUCCUGAGCGUCUGGGCAGCGAGAUCAAGGCAAUGGUGCAGGCGCCUCCCGGAUUCUGUCUCGUCGGAGCUGACGUCGACUCACAGGAGAUGUGGAUUGCCUCCCUCAUCGGCGACUCGGUGGUUGGCUUCCAGGGCGGAACUCCCUAUGGCUGGAUGACCCUGGAGGGCAGCAAGGCCAAGGGCACGGACCUGCACACCAAAACGGCAAAUCUUAUUGGCAUCAAGCGCAACGAAGCCAAAGUUCUAAAUUACGCUCGCCUUUACGGUUCAGGACUCGAGUUUACCAAGCAUCUACUGUCCAAGUUUCAGUCAAAAUUACGUCCCGAAGAGACGAGCUUGAAGGCGGAGAAGUUGAUGCGAGCGACGAAAGGACGUAGGGUCCUAGUGCAUCUAGGAAAGGGUAGUAAGGGAGAGGUGGAGACUAAGCACAUUUGGAAGGAUGGGACGGAGUCCUGCGUAUUCAACGCACUCGAGGCGAUUGCUCGAAGUCCUGAACCGCGAACCCCAGUACUUGGCGCCCAGAUAACCAGAACAUUAACUCCUAAGGCUGUCAAAGACGAUUUCCUCCCCAGUCGCAUAAAUUGGGUGGUACAGAGUUCGGCUGUAGACUACCUUCACUGCCUCCUUGUUUUCAUGGCCUGGCUGAUAAAGAAGUACAACCUGCGUGCUCGCCUAUGCAUUAGCAUUCACGAUGAAGUCCGCUAUCUCUGCGAUCAACGCUGCGCCGAUCAGAUUGCUCUCGCCCUCCAGUCGGUUGCAUACUUCAGUUCUGUGGAAAUCGAUACAUGUCUACGGAAGGAUCCUCUGAAUGACUGCAAAACGCCAUCGAAUCCAGACGGUUUGGGAGCUACGUACAAUGUCCCAAAAGGACGGUCGCUCACAAUUGCUGAGAUUAUCAAGCGCACAGGAGGUAUGAUGGAACCCUUCGACUAUGAGGCCUGUGCACCGGCAACAAACGAUGCCUAA